CAUGUCAACACGAAAAAGCCCUUCUUUGUCAAAACACUACGAUUGUCUAAGGGCUUUGUUUACAUAAGCAUCCAAGAAGGUCUCCAUGGUUCAUAGACAAGUCUUUGUUACAACUUCACUGGCACCAUGAGGAUCUUACUAUAACGUCAACAAACCACCCUGGUAAACAUAAUUCCUAUUAGUAUAACAGUAUUAGCGCUUUUAAUUUAUUCCUGUUCAGUAACCGAACAAAAUCUUCCUUAAUAAAUGUGACACUAGCUUGUUAGUUUGGUCACAUUGAGGUUGGAUUCGAGCAGUGUUACCUUUGGACUGCGCGCAAUACUGUUAUCCAAUCGCAAUGCAGUUUGAUUCCCUUGGCUUGCUAAUAACAUCCUGUGUAAUGAAAUAGCAUUAGUAGGUCACGUCAUGGUCUUCGUCUGCUGUCAACUUUAAUCUCAUACCAUCCAACUCGGAGCAAUUUGUGACACAUUUGACCAAGCAGUCUCCCCGCUAUAUGGACUUUCGUCAUUCUGAUAAUUGUUUCAAAAUAACAAAACUGUUCCAAGAUGUUGGUGACACAGUUUCUCGUAGUUCCUGUCGCCUUUGCAGUGCUUCUAUCAUUGCAAGUGACUGUGGCGCAAAAAGUAAACAAAAAUGGCAACGCUGAAGACUUAGCUGAAACUUCUGAAUUAACUGUCACUCCUGGAGACAAGCACAAAGCGCACGGAAGUAAAGUUCUACCAGAAGGAAUGAGUAGCAGAUCAGGCAGUGACAUUCCAUCGGGUCAUGAAUGCAGCAAUUAUAAAAAUCUAAGCAGCCCAGACCGCGCACAAAGAGCUGUAAAUAUUGAACAACGAUUUUGCGAUCGCGGCGAUUAUGGUAAUUUUACUGCUGGUUGGUAUCGUUUCACCGGGGACGCCGGAGAUAAAAUGGCAUCAUCUUGUGUUCCUAUAUUCCGCUGUUCAACUGUUCUUCAGGGAUGGUUAAAUGGUUCUCAUCCUACUGGCAAUUUAACUCUUGCUCGCCGUCGAGUUUGUUUUCACUGGAGUGCAGACUGUUGUUAUUAUGUAGUGAAUAUCUGGAUUCGAAAGUGCAAUGGUUUCUACAUCUACGAGUUGCCUUCAGUACCAGUAUGUCCAGGAAGGUACUGUGGAAACGGAAAAGGUCCUUUAAAUAAUCCUUCAAAAUGUGGUGGUGAUAUCACUAAUCUGACAGGCCAGAUAACCAGCCCAGGAUAUCCCAACUACAUGGAGCCAAUCACCUGUCAAUGGACCAUCAAGUCACCAUUUGUUGGGAACAUACUGCUGUACUUUGAAGACAUGACACUCAGUUUCGAAGGCUGUUCGUCUAAUAAUCUAACCAUUGUUGCGGAAAACGAAAGACACACCUUUUGUCGCAAGAGAGAUCCAUUUUACUUGUUUGUCACUAAGAGAACUUCAUUGCAAACAAAAAUCCAGUACGAAUCAGUGUACUGGAAUAAAAUGUCAGGAUUUAAGCUUCGAUUUGCCGUGAUUACAGAAAGUCUGGAUAAUGCUCCCACAACAAGUCAGUGGAAUAUCAAUGGUCAUGUCAAAAGUAAAUCUGCAAUUCAAGUAUCUUGGACACAUCUAAAUAGUUCUGCCUUGAAACCUGAUCAAAAUAUUUACGGAUACGUCGUGUUGUACAAGCCACUUGACUAUCUACACAGCACUUCGUACGUACUUACAAAACCUGACGCUGCCAACAUCACAAUAGCUGGGCUGACUGGAGGAACAGAGUACGAGUUACAAGUAGUGGCAUUAAUUGAAAGAAAUAACAUAUCAUUAUCAUUAUAUGGGAGUGCAAAGUUGAACAUAACGACAUUCAAAGGAGAAUGCCAUUAUUAUAAUAAUUUGACAUCAUGGACACGAGCUCAAGGUGCUCCAGGGAAUAACUACUGUGAUCGACAUCUCAUGGCCAUUCCUAAGUGGUAUCGUUUUUGGGGAGAGGCUGGCACACAAAUUGCUACAUCAUGCGUCGAUAAGCGUAGGUGCGGUACAGCCUCGCCUGGUUGGAUGGAUGGAACACACCCUUUGGUCCAAGAUGGCAUCGUCAUGAGAACUGUCUGCUUCCACUGGUUCGAAGAUUGCUGUAGGUGGAAAGUUACCAUUAAAGUUCGCAAAUGUGGUAGAUUUUAUGUUUAUCAACUGCAUAGUACCCCUGCAUGUUACAUGCGCUACUGUGGAAACAAAGGAGGCUGUGGCAAAUCCAUUAAUGAUAGGAGUGGAACACUAACAAGCCCUGGAUAUCCAACCCGUAUUUACUGGAACUCAAAAUGUCAGUGGAACUUCACGGCUCCUUCUUCAUCUGGUGUCAUUGUUGUAAUAGUGGAACACCUCAGUAUACCGAUAAGUGCUCGAUGCUCAAAAUUUUCUUUGUCAUUUGAAAACGACGACGGAAAGGAAGUUGGUCAAGAGUGUGGAGUUAAGCGAUUCUUCACGUGGGUGUCUCAAGGUUCUGCUAAACUCAGGUUCUUCUCAGAGAGAGCUGCGUCUAGAUGGGUUGGAUUUAAAGCUCGAUAUUUUAUCUUCGAGGACGACCUCACUAAAAUUCCAGUUAUUCCGCAAUGGAAUGGAGUCUCAGCACAACCCAUUAAUUCGACAGCCAUAACAGUACAAUGGGGUCCUUAUCCUCAAUCAUCUGUCAACUCCCCUGUUACUGAGUACCUCAUCAUAUGUGUGCCAGAUGGCCUACCUCUUAAUGCUACAGUAUUUACCACCAAUAUAUCCCAGAACUCUUUGGUAGUGACUGGGUUAAUGAAGUACACCAACUAUACCGUGCAGGUCGCAAUAAGCACAAAUGGAAAUAUCUCAAGUUUCGGCGACUACAGACGAAGUCAAAGUACAAGCGUGAGAACUAAAGAGGAUGUCCCUAGUGAAGGACCACAGAACGUAACAGCAAUGGUAAUAGGCAAUAAAAUAACGGUCACCUGGCUACCAAUACGUGAGCAUGCGCGGCAUGGUCAGAUUCAAUCAUAUGUUAUCUAUUAUAAAAAGGCAUGGACCUCUGAUGGUUAUUCUAAUGAGACGGCUGGCAAGUACGAUUUCAAAGCCGUUCUGAAAAACCUGGAGCCAGUUACACAAUAUCGUAUUGAGAUGGCCGGUGUUACAUCUGGGGUGGGCACCAAGAGUAAAGCAGUCUUUGCUGUCACGGAAUGUAAGGAUUCUGAAUUUGCAAGUAAAAGUCAUUUGACAUGGACAUUCACCAGUCCUCAUUACCCUUACCAGUACCCAAGUAACGUUGAUUGUACAUGGGACAUUCGUUCUACUAUUGGGGGAAACGAAAAAUUGUAUAUAGUAUUUGAUGAUUUUCAACUGGAGAAAACAACAACAUGCAGUGACUAUGUCUCAGUCAAUCAAUCCAAUGGAAAAUCUAUUCAAAGAUUUUGUGGAAAGCAAGAUCCUUUCGCGGUUAGAUUAACGAGUCAAUCAGCAAUCCUAAAACUCAAGAGUGAUGGGGGAUUGGAAGAGAAUGGUUUCCAUGCCCGGGUGUUCGUGGUGACGAUUAAGAUGCAAGUAAAAGUUACAUUUCUUAACAGUGCUACAAAUGGAGUUAUAUACAACAGUACUCUUCAAUGGUUAAAACCGAAAAUUAACGAGGAUAUCAUUGAAUACGUGGUGUUGUAUAGCGGAGAUGUUUAUAACGAUAUGGUGUGGAAGGCUUCUGUAACCAAUACAACCAAGGCAGUACUAACAGGAUUAGAACAAGGAUUCGAAGAAUACACUGUUUUCUUACUGUUCCGCACGAUCGAUGGAAAAGUAUACUUUGGGACUAGGAGUAAAUUCAAAUUACCUCAACCAAAAGUUACUUCCACUCCAACAACUACUGAACCUCCAAGAAUGCAAGGUUCAACGAUAUAUCGUUAUGGGGAUGAUGUCAGGGACAAAAUGGUUCCAAACACACGGGAUUUCUCCACACAAUGUUUCCGCAUUGAUAUUCCUGAUGAUGGGAUGCAGUUUUAUAACAAAAGGCAUCAUAUGGUCCACAUUUGUCGCAACGGUGCUUUGUUGUUCGAGACGCCGCAACUCGUCCGCUGGUCACACAGAUUUAGUGAACGUGAUUGGGCGUACAAUAAAACAGCCAUCAUUGCACCUUACUGGGCUCUUACUGAUGUAGAAGAUCCGUUUGUAAUCCACAACAUCUCUAAAGUGUUCUACCAAGCUUACGACAACAGUAAUGAUGAGAGAUCCAAGGCAAUACUGCAGCAAGCCACGUAUGAUGUGAAGACCUUUCACAUGGAUGUACAAGGACUUUACGAGAACAAUGAAAAUCAUCAAAAGCCAAAUGAAGACUUUGAUGCAAAAUGGGUUUUGGUCGUGACGUGGGUUAACCUUCGACCACCUAAUGCUCACCAUUUGCCUUCCGACCUGAACAACACAUUUCAAGUCGUGCUCAUAACGGACGGAGUGUGCUCUUUCGUAAUGUAUAACUACCCUUCUAAUGGAAUACAGUGGUCCGCACCAACACUGGAGAAGUAUUACGAACAUUUCACCUAUUAUCGUGGGCUUCCUGUGGUCGGUUUAAAUGGUGGCGAGAAGAAACAUGAAUACUAUCAUGUCUUGGGAUCCGGAGAAACGGGAAUAGUUAAAGUUAAUUCAAUACCUGGUAAAACAGUCAGGAUAACUGACAAUAUUAAAAAAUAUUAUGAAGAGGACUUGCAGCCUGGAAAAUGGUUUUUCCGAGUAGAAACAGCGCUUCCGCGCAAUAAAGAAAAGAAAGACAAGUGCAAGGAAUGGUUGAAAUCCGCACCUGAUCAUAGACGGUACACUGAACACCUCGAACCCUGUCCAUGUACAUACAGACAAGCUUCAUGGGACGAACGAUUUAGAAUGGAACCAUAUGGAUGGCCCUUUAUUUGUGCAAACUCUAUCUUCCCUUCCAAUGGGGGAUGGGAACAGAAGUGCUGUUACUUUGAAGGAGCAUUGGUCAAAGGGUAUCCUGGAGGAGGAUAUCCGAUUUUUCCUAAAACUGACACGUCUGCUAUUAGACUAUGCUGUACAUUUUCAAGUCAGUGCAAGUUAUUUUACAAGAAAAGACCAUCUGAUGACUGUAAGAAAUACCAGGAAACCGAGUGGAGUUGGUUGUGGGGCGAUCCUCAUUUCGUAACGUUAGAUGGCCUGAACUAUACCUUCAAUGGUCUUGGCGAAUACAUCAUGGCAGACAUAAGAAACGGGUUGUUCCAGCUUCAAGCUCGAACCAAGCUGGUCGAGGGUGGAGGGAAAGCUACUGUGUUUGUUUCAGCCGUUGCAAGACAGGCAGGAUCAAGUGCAGUGCAAGUGAACCUUAAAUCUGAUGAAGGUCUAGAAGUAUUGGUAAAUGGUACAAUAAUAGACCAUUCCACUUUGACCAAUACAACUACUCGUUACAAUGCCUCCGUUGCUUUAUCUCGACCUGACAACACCUCCAUCACUGUACUCUUCCCUUGUGGGAUCUCAGUCAAGAUGACUGAUGUCAAAGACUCCUUGGCCAUCCUUCUUGCUGCUCCAGAGAGAUUUAAGAACAAAACUCGUGGUUUACUGGGUGUUUGGAAUGAUGAUCCUGAAGAUGACCUGACAACGCCGACCGGUCGUGUCCUACCGACCAACGCGACUGGCAGGAUGUUACAUUCUGAAUUUGGUCAAAAAUGGCAAGUGACAGAAAGCACUUCACUCUUCACCUACAAGGAAGGAGAAAGCAUCAACACAUUUUCCAACAAGUCUUUUGAACCAAUGUUUAUUGAGGACUUCACAUUCGCCAACGAAACUCUAAAACAAGAAGCUCUAGCGAAAUGUGAAGGUGACGUGAACUGCCUGUUCGACGCAGCCUUGACUAAUGAUGUAACCGUGGGAACGAGUACAAAGAUAGUCGGUUCAAAUUUCAAGAACGAUUCCGAGGCACUGAAAAACUCUGUACCGAUGUUUUUCAACGACUCUUUGGCCUUGUACGUGAAGAUCAAUACAACUGCACGGAUAGAGAUUUUUGCUAAGGAUGACGACGGCGAUCCACUCACUUUUUAUGUCAGCGGUAUACUUCCUGAGACUCUGGAUACUAACACAACCUCUGGAGGUAGCGUUGUUAUCUCCUGGAAGGUUACAAUGGACAAGAUUAAAUUUGAAGUUACUGUAAUGGACGACAAAGGUGCUGUAGCUUUACUGAGGCCAGAGGUACACGUGUGCGCAUGUCACAAUGGUGGAUACUGCUCUCCAGAUUCCAGUAACAACGUAUUUGCAGACUCAACCAACGACACAUUCUUCAUAAUGCCGUGUACUUGUAUCCAUGGUUACACGGGAAGAUUCUGUGAGAAUGACCUCGAUGCAUGUCAAGCGAAUCUUAACCCAUGUUACCCGGGUGUCAAAUGUACUGACCUCCCUCCCCCUGAGGAUGUGUUUGGUUACCGAUGUGGGCCUUGUCCUCAUGGCUUCACCGGCGAUGGUGCAAAAUGCUUAGAUCUUGACGAGUGUGAGGGUGGUAAUGAUGACUGCAGUCAGAUCUGUGUCAAUACUCCAGGAUCGUUCGUUUGUGACUGUAACCAUGGAUACCGACUGAGCAUUGACCAAAAGACAUGUAACGAUAUUGAUGAGUGUUACCCUUCAAGUGACUGUAUGCAGAAAUGUACAAAUACUGAUGGAGGGUACACUUGUGAAUGUGAUGCUGGUUUCAAAGUCGAUCCAAAGGAUUCAAAGAAGUGUGUUGAUCCUUCACUAAUCUGUCUGAAUACCGCUGGCUCGUACAAAUGUGUCUGUGGGCCCGGGUUGUACUUGACGACAAACAACACGUGUAGAGAAAUUCUACCUGGAGCUACAACCCCCUCGCCCGGACCCGCUCCAACACCAAAACCCCCAACUGACAGCCAGAAAGACAAUGCAGUUCAAAUAACGGUGAAAGAGCUAAACAUCGCUGAAUGGAACGAACAGGUCGAAAACAAAUUCAAACGUUCAGUUGCUAAGGCUGUGACUUCAUUCUGUGCUUCUAAAGAUGAAGAAUGUAAAGAAGACCGAAAACGCGAAAGACGAGCUUUAGACUACAUUCUCUACACCGCUGACCAGGUUCAUUUGCUGCCCGAUUUUCCAAAGCAAAUCAACCUUAGAUCACGUGAUCUCGCUGCUGUCAUUGCUUUCUACGUGGAGUUUUCUCCUGAAGUCGUUUCUACAUCAGGAGAUUCCAUAGAGGGUGGAACACUGUUGGAAAUCGUACAAUCUGCUAAGGCGGACAUCGAGAAAUCUUUGAAUAGAACCAUUAGUAGCAUUACUUUGAAUAAGAGAGAAGAACCUUCGAUCAAGAAAAAGCCAGAAAAGUUGAAUAUUUACGUUAUUAUCGGUGUGUCAUUGGCUGGUGUGCUAUUUAUUUGUAUUGUUGGUGUACUUAUCAGAAGGUAAGGAAACUUGUUGAUUUAGUUUUAAAA